UCAGAUGCAAGUUCAUCAGUUCAAGUCAAGAUGAGGAGCUUCACUAUGAUCAUCACCUGGAAAACUGUUUACUGUGCUCUGCUGCUGGCACUCAUGGGUGCACUGGGAUUUGGUGUGUCUGUUCAGAUCUCCUGGGCCGGCAGGGUGACUGCUGGUUCCCGCACCACCUUCACUUGUUCUUCAUCUUGUUUUCCAAACUGCAUCUACAGCUGGACCUUUAACGGCAGGACAGUCAAUGAGAGCGCAGUAACCUGGACACCAGAUGGACAGGAUGUUUCAGUGGCACUGCAGUGCAUCGUCCUCAGUCCCAAAACUGGAAUCUCUAGCAGUACAACCACCAUCGUAGAGAUCUGGAACCCAGUGUCUGUGCGAAUCAGUCCCCCAAACAUCACUCCAUCUCUCAACAAGCCUCUCAGUUUGGUUUGCCAAGAUUCUGCAUCAAAAGACCACCAGGGUCUAUCAGACAUCGUCUGGUACAAAGACGGACAGAAAGUGACUCUCCGCGAAAAUAUGAGGUUUCUUCAGAACAAUCUCACUCUUCACUUUGAUUCUCUGCUCUCCUCUGAUGCUGGUUUCUACCAAUGUGAAAUUUAUCUCCAAACGUCAGAGACGAGAGUGUACAGCAUGGGUUUUCUGCUUAGCUUUGAUCCGUGGAACGUGACCAUCAGUGGACCUGAUGUUGUGUUUCCUGGCAGGCUGAGUCAGUUCACCUGCCUGUCCAGCUGCACCUUGAAUGUUGAAUGUACUAUCAGGUGGCAAUUCAGAGGAGGUUUUCCCAUAGGGACCUACCUUUCAGUCAACGCAAAUCACCUCAAGUGGAUUCCCUCCAAUCCCGGGACGUUUCAGAACUUCACGUGUAUCGCAGAGAACAACGCUGCAGGACGCUCAGCUGAGGACACAAAGACGGUAGAAGUUACAGGGAUUCCAGUUUCUGGAUCAGAGGCGUUGCAGCUCAGUGGACUGUCACUGUUGGUGUUCAGUUUCACACAACUGUUACCUGCAUUUCAAUUUUAAAUGAUGAUUUGUUUUGUGCUAUUUAUUAAACAAAAUUUAUUUUCUUGGUUUGUUAUUGUUUUUCCACUUGAUGCAAAGCUACUGAACAAAUUAUGUAACAAUCAGGUUAAAUAAACCUUAAAUACCUUUAUUUAAGUAUUAUUUGUUAAUUUUUGGGGUUAACCCGACACUGGAUUGAUCAAAAAUAAAUGAUCUGUUUAUUAUGAAAGACUAGGCUGCUCUUUUUUUUCACAAAAUCCCCUAUGUAACAUUUAGUUGUUGCCUGGCCUGACAUAUAUAUCCAGGAAAGUUCAGUUUUAUGAAAGAGGUUAUGAAAGAGGUUCUUAUUGGUGAAAUUUAAAUGACUCUUAAUUAAAGUUCAGUGACUAAACCAUUUCAUCACAUCCUGUACUGCUUUCUGAAAUUCUCUAAGGUUAAAAGGUUUAAGUCAGACAUGUUUUUCUAAUACAAAGAGGGUGACACGGGAGUGGAUUUUCU